AUAAAACGUGGAGACGUAGAAAUGCUCGCAAGAGCGGUUGCGAGCUUAGAAGUACGGUUAAAGGAAGGCAAAGUCGUCCUUUAGAUUACCUUAACUAUCACAAAUGCUGUGAAACAAUAAGGAUUCAAUAUACAGUCAAUCAUUUAGUAUGUGUUGCUCUUUUAUUUGAAGAAAAUAUGCUGAGAAAGAAGGUAUAAAUCUAGAAAGAAGCUUGACAAUUUGGUUUGCCUAGGCCAGGUCUCUUGGACCUGCUGGCUGUCCUACAAACAUGCCGGGACCCGCUCAACAAGAGCAUUCGUCCGCUCCUCUCCGGUCAGUGAGCUGGAUGCAGUUUGGAAUUCUUUCUCCAGAUGAAAUUAAACGUAUGUCAGCUGCACUGAUCCGCUAUCCAGAAACUAUGGAGGCAGGAAAAGCAAAGCUUGGUGGCCUUAUGGAUCCAAGACAGGGCGUUAUUGAUAGAAUGGUCCGCUGUCACACUUGUGCAGGGAAUAUGACAGAAUGUCCAGGUCAUUUUGGUCAUAUUGAGCUUGCCAAGCCAGUUUUUCAUGUUGGGUUCCUGUCGCAUAUUGUCAAGUUGCUUAGAUGUUUUUGCUUCUACUGUUCAAAAAUGCUGGUAGAUAUGAGCAAUCCAAAGCUUCAAGAAAUAAUUUCAAAAACAAAAUUGAACCCAAGAAAGAGAAUGCAGCAUGUGUAUGAUUUGUGCAAAACAAAAAGUGUUUGUGAAGGUGGUGAUAUCAUGGACCAGCAAUUUGAUGCAAAUUUGGCUGGCCAGGAUGAACAGAGGGAUACAAAGAAGAAUCAUGGUGGAUGUGGAAGAUACCAGCCCAAAAUUAGAAGGCAAGGACUUGAUUUAUCAGCUGAAUGGAAGUACAUUAAUGAAGAUUCACAAGAGAAAAUGCUGGCAUUAACCGCUGAUAGAGUGUAUGAGAUUUUCAAAAGAAUUUCUGAUGAGGAAUGUGAGCUUCUUGGAAUGAAUCCAAAGUUUGCUAGACCAGAUUGGAUGAUUGUUACUGUUCUGCCAGUUCCUCCUUUGCCUGUAAGGCCAGCUGUUGUGAUGAAUGGGACAGCACGAAACCAGGAUGAUCUUACCCACAAACUAGCAGAUAUUGUUAAAGCCAACAACCACUUAAAGAAGAAUGAAAUGAAUGGUGCUCCAGCCCAUAUUGUUGCGGAGGAUCUAAGAAUGUUACAAUUUCAUGUUGCAACAUUGACAGACAAUGAGCUGCCUGGCUUACCAAGGGCAGUGCAAAAGUCAGGCAGGCCAUUGAAGUCAAUAAAAAUGCGAUUGAAAAGUAAGGAAGGCCGAAUUCGUGGCAACCUCAUGGGAAAACGUGUCGACUUCAGUGCUAGGGCUGUAAUCACGCCCGAUCCAAAUUUGGAUAUCGAUCAAGUUGGCACUCCUAGGACCAUCGCCAUGAAUCUCACAUACCCGGAGAUUGUAACGGCGUUCAAUAUUGACAGGCUGCAAGAGCUGGUCGCCCGAGGCCCAACGCAGUACCCUGGUGCGAAAUACAUUAUUCGGGAUAAUGGCGAGAGGAUCGAUUUGAGAUUUCAUCCUAAGCGAAGUGAUCUUCAUCUGCAGUAUGGCUACAAAGUGGAGAGACACAUCAUAGACAACGAUGUUGUUGUGUUUAACAGGCAGCCAACACUUCACAAAAUGUCCAUGAUGGGACAUAGGGUAAAGGUCUUACCCUGGUCUACGUUUAGACUGAACUUAAGUGUGACAACGCCGUAUAAUGCCGACUUCGAUGGAGACGAAAUGAACAUGCACGUGCCGCAGUCGAUGGAAACGCGCGCAGAGGUAUCAGAAUUGAUGAUGGUGCCACGCAUGAUCGUCACACCGCAGUCAAAUAGACCUGUUAUGGGAAUUGUGCAGGAUUCACUUUGUGCCAUAAGAAAGUUCACGAAAAGAGAUGCUUUCAUGGAAAAGGAUUUGGUAAUGAACCUGUUGAUGUGGAUGAGGAACUGGAAUGGGAAGGUUCCUGUUCCAGCCAUUUUGAAGCCAAAGCCUUUGUGGACAGGGAAACAGAUAUUUUCGCUUAUUAUACCUGGUCGAGUGAACUGCAUCAGAACUCACAGCACACAUCCUGAUGACGAGGAUAAUGGGCCUUAUCGCCAUAUCUCUCCAGGAGACACCAAGGUCUUGAUUGAAGACGGAGAGCAUGUUGCUGGAAUUCUUUGCAAGAAGUCACUAGGAACUUCAGCUGGAUCUCUGGUUCAUGUUGUUUAUUUAGAGCAAGGCCCAGAGACUGCUAAAGAAUUUUACGGUGACAUUCAGAAGCUCGUUAAUAACUGGCUGCUGGUGGAGGGACACAGUAUUGGCAUUGGUGAUUGUAUCGCCGACUCAGAGACGUACAAAGAAAUUCAAGACACGAUAAAGAAAUCAAAGCAAGAGGUCAUUGAAGUUAUCGAGCAAGCUCACAAUAACCAACUGGAGCCAACGCCUGGUAACACACUGAGACAGACAUUCGAAAAUAAGGUCAACCGUAUCUUGAACGACUGUCGUGACAAAACUGGUGGAAGUGCACAGAAGAGUUUGUCAGAGUUUAAUAACUUCAAGUCCAUGGUGGUAGCAGGCUCAAAAGGAUCGAAAAUCAACAUUUCACAAGUUAUUGCAGUUGUAGGCCAGCAGAACGUUGAAGGUAAACGUAUACCCUUCGGCUUCCGCCAUCGAACCUUGCCUCAUUUUAUCAAGGACGAUUAUGGACCCGAAAGUCGUGGCUUCGUUGAGAAUUCAUACCUUGCCGGUUUGACUCCCUCUGAAUUCUUCUUUCAUGCUAUGGGAGGACGUGAAGGACUGAUCGAUACUGCUGUCAAAACAAGUGAAACUGGUUACAUUCAGCGUCGAUUGAUCAAGGCCAUGGAAAGUGUUAUGGUUGCCUAUGAUGGCACUGUGAGAAACUCUAACCAGUAUGUUGUACAGUUGUGUUAUGGUGAGGAUGGUAUGGCUGCUGAAUUUAUAGAGUUCCAAAAUCUUGGUACUCUCAAACCAAAUGACACGACAUUUAAGCGAAAGUUCUAUUUUGAUGUCAGCAACGAACGACGUUUGAAGAAUUUUCUUCAAGAAGACAUUGUCAAAACUGUUGGUGAAAACGCGGCUACGCUGAACGAAUGCGAGGAUGAAUUUGAUCAGAUGAGAAAGGAUAGAGAGGUCUUGCGACAGAUCUUCCCUAGUGGUGAAACCAGGGUUGCAUUGCCAGUGAAUUUAAACAGGUUGAUUUGGAAUGCACAGAAGACUUUCAAAGUCAACACGAGGCUGCCAACAGAUCUUCAUCCAUCCAGAGUUUUUGAAGGUGUGAAGGAAUUGGAAAAGAAAUUACUUGUAAUCAAGGGAGAAGACGCAAUCAGCAAAGUUGCUCAGUACAACGCCACUUUAUUGUUUAAUUGUUUACUGAGGUCUACUUUGUGUGCAAAGAGAGUUAUUGAAGAAUUCAGGCUGUCGAGUGAAGCAUUUGAUUGGCUUCUUGGUGAAAUUGAAGCAAGAUUCAAUGUGUCUCAGGUCCAGCCUGGAGAGAUGUGCGGUGCCCUAGCAGCCCAGUCACUUGGUGAACCCGCCACACAGAUGACACUGAACACGUUCCAUUACGCCGGUGUCUCCGCAAAGAAUGUAACACUUGGUGUACCUCGACUGAAGGAGAUCAUCAAUGUAUCGAAGAAACCAAAGACUCCAUCACUCACUGUUUUCUUGACGGGACAAGCUGCCAGAGAUGCCGAAAAGUGCAAGGAUGUUUUAUGCCGGCUGGAACAUACCACACUUCGCAAAGUAACUGCCAAUACAGCUAUAUACUACGACCCCGAUCCUCAAAACACAGUGAUACGAGAGGACCAAGAAUUCGUCAAUGUUUAUUAUGAAAUGCCGGAUUUCGACCCGUCUCGAAUUUCUCCGUGGUUGUUGCGUAUAGAAUUGGAUCGUAAGCGUAUGACGGAUAAGAAAUUGACCAUGGAACAGAUUGCGGACAAGAUCAACCAAGGCUUUGGUGAUGAUCUCAACUGCAUUUUCAAUGAUGACAAUGCUGAGAAACUCAUAUUGCGAAUCAGGAUAAUGAACAGUGACAACAAAAUGGCCGAGGAAGAGGAGCCGGUUGACAAGAUGGACGAUGACGUAUUUCUCCGCUGCAUUGAAGCCAACAUGUUGACAGACAUGACUUUGCAGGGCAUUGACUCCAUUGCAAAGGUGUACAUGCAUUUGCCACAGCAAGAUAGCAAGAAAAGAAUCAUCAUUAACGAAGAAGGCGAAUUCAAAGCUCUCCAAGAAUGGAUUCUAGAAACCGAUGGAAACGGCCUCAUGAAGGUCCUUAGCCAGAGAGAUGUUGAUCCAGUCAGAACAACGUCCAAUGAUAUAUGUGAAAUUUUUGCGGUUUUGGGUGUCGAGGCUGUACGAAAAUCAGUUGAAAAGGAAAUGAAUCACGUCAUCUCAUUCGAUGGUUCAUACGUGAACUAUCGUCAUCUUGCCUUGCUCUGUGAUAUUAUGACAUCAAAGGGACAUCUCAUGGCCAUCACACGUCAUGGUAUCAACCGACAAGAGGUCGGUGCACUUAUGAGGUGCUCCUUCGAGGAGACGGUCGACAUUUUGGUUGAGGCAGCUAUACUUGCAGAGAUGGAUCCAUUGAAAGGUGUCAGUGAAAACAUCAUACUUGGACAAUUGCCCCCGAUUGGGACCGGGAGUUUUAAGCUGAUCUUGGAUGCUGCAAAAUGCAAAGAAGGGAUGGAGGUACCGCUAAACAUGGAAGGAAUGAUGAUGGCUGGAACAGUAACAGGAAUGUUUUUUGGAAAUGUGGCCUCUCCAACAAACAUGAUGUCACCACAAUUGACCCCAUGGAAUCAAGGGUCAACCCCAUCCUAUGGAGAAGCAUGGAGCCCAGGAUUAGGGAGUGGUAUGACACCUGGGGCACCAAGCUUUUCGCCCUCAGCUCAGUCAGAUGCAGCGUUCAGUCCAGCCAGCGGCUUCAGCCCUGCUUGGAGUCCACAGCCCAUGUCCCCAGGCUCUCCUGAUGCUUCACCUUACAUACCAAUACAGUCUAAACGUGCAAUGAGUCCAAGUUACAGCCCAGCAAGUCCUGCUUUCCAGCCAACUUCACCAAUGUCGCCUGCCAGUCCGUCCUACUCUCCAACAUCACCUGGGUAUUCCCCAACCUCUCCAGGUUACUCGCCAACUAGCCCAAGCUACUCUCCAACAUCUCCAUCAUAUUCUCCGACCUCACCUUCGUACAGUCCUACUUCACCAUCUUACAGUCCAACAUCUCCUUCCUAUUCUCCAACAAGCCCAUCGUAUUCUCCAACUUCUCCGUCUUAUAGUCCAACCUCUCCUUCUUACAGCCCGACAUCACCUUCCUACUCUCCCACAUCUCCAAGCUACUCUCCAACAAGCCCAUCGUAUUCUCCAACUUCACCAUCUUACAGCCCAACAUCUCCGUCUUAUUCAUCACCUGGUUAUGCUUCACCAAGUUCUCCAAAAUACUCUCCAACGUCUCCAAGCUAUAGUCCAACGUCUCCAUCAUAUUCCCCAACAUCUCCUUCUUACUCACCUACCUCUCCAUCCUACUCGCCAUCUUCUCCUUCUUACUCUCCCCAAUCCCCAUCUUACUCUCCAACCUCUCCAUCUUACAGCCCAACUUCACCGAAGUACUCCCCCACUUCCCCAAAGUACUCCCCCACAUCACCAAACUACUCCCCUGCUUCUCCUCACUACUCCCCUUCGUCUCCAAAGUACAGCCCUUCUUCUCCAACAUACAGUCCAUCUUCACCAUCCUAUUCCCCUGCUUCACCAAAAUAUUCCCCCACUUCACCUGCCUAUUCCCCAACAUCCCCAUCAUAUUCUCCAACGUCACCAACCUAUUCCCCAGACUCUCCAAGAUAUUCUCCAUCAUCUCCAGUCUAUUCUCCCAGCUCUCCAAAGUAUUCUCCUACCUCUCCAAAGUAUACCCCAACCUCUCCUCAGUACUCACCUUCUUCUCCAAAGUACAGUCCAGCUGCUCCAGACUACAGCCCUUCAACACCAAAAUACAGCCCGACAAUGCCCGACUACAGCCCAGCGGCACCACAGUACAGCAUAACGUCACCGCAGUACUCGCCAAUGUCCCCGCAGUACUCUCCAACAGGCAUAAAGCGAGGUUAUUCGCCGAGCUCUCCUUCUGAAUCAGAAAUUUCCGAAGAACCAAUUAAGAGAGCGAAGAAGGAGGGACGUGGCGAUGUUGCAUUUGAAGACAAAAAAUCGAAAAAAGCCCCAUAUAUUGGCUAGAGCGGUAUACACUUUAUGGUAAAUACAAAAAUUUGCUAGUAACGGUUGGACAAAUGAACUAGCAGCAGCAAGUAGCAGCAAGAACACCUAUCGUUCUCGUAAGACUGGUUUGUUAAUAUGGGAAGUAAGCGCCGUUUGAGCGUAGCAUCUACUAGUCGGAGCGGUGUUUUUAUUUUGAAAGUAUACACUGAAUAAUGCGUUACGUCAUCGAUAAUUUUGCUUUACGUUAAACUUUGUAAACAAUAAAGGCAGUAACGUGCGGGAACAUGCAAGUUGAAAAUCUUGUAAGAUAGCGGCAUCCUUAUCAAUUGUUACAGCAUUAUACUGAGCAAAUCAAGAUUUCUAGUCAGAAUGCAGUUUUGUGUAUCUAAUGCGUUUCCAGCACAUAAUGUAAGUAAGUUGCUCGUAGUUGGUUUUGUAAUUAACUAUAAAACAAAAUGACAGUCAAACCGAUUCUCACACGACAUUAACCUUCGUCAAGAGACUGGAUUUGCAAACUCUGGAUUGACAAACUAAAGAAAAGAGCUGAUGAACUAAACAAUCAAUUCGUAAGGGAUUAACAGUAUAAUAGUAAUUUCGAGUAGGGCCUCCGAAUGCCCCCCCCCCAAUUUUUUGCGUCUGAUGCCCUGUUCACGCGUAUCAACCUUGUUAUUGUGACACAAUGACAAAGCCCCCCCCCCCCAUUUUUGCGUCUGAUGCCCUGUUCACGGGUCUCAACCUUGAUAUUGUGACACAAUGACAAAGCGGUUUCAAUUGUUUGCGCUGACCUAAUUAUUACCGCCCAGGGUAAUGAAAUGUCAAGAAGGUUUAACUGUCAGUAGCUUACAGGUUGUAUUAUUCAAAUGGCAUAUUGGAUUGAAUGAACGCUUCCCAAUCAAUUAUUUCCAUAAAUGCGUGAGCCCUAUUGUUCAUUAAGGUUUCGCACCCCAUACAGGUAUUAUACGUAACCACAUCGAAAUUGGAGAUUCCUGUUAAGCCUUUUGUUUUUUAUCGAGUCGUUAUAUGACUGAUGGUAAAACAAUGCAACGUCCUCAACCUGCCUCACCCAAAAGAGCCUUGAACUAGAGAAGAAACAAUGACGUGGCUAGGAACGGUCGAGGGGGCAAUUUCCUCUCAAGACUCCUUAGUGUUUCUAUAUUUCAACAACAUUUUUACUAGGAGCAAACGAUUGACCUCAAGCUGAAGUCCAUCAGAAAACGUUUUGCCUAAGAUUAUCCCAAUUAAUGUUUUUGUCAGGCAGUAAUCUACUUACAGUUACUUGCGAUAAAUACCUUUGGCUGCUAGCUGAGACAAACAAAUCUAAAGUAAGAUUAUCGGGCAGUUUGAUAUAUCGAUCAGUUAAUCCUCAAAUCAAGCAUCUAGUUAAUUUGGAUUGCGUAAGGGUAAGCAAGUCGUUGUUUUAAAAUUCGUAGUUUGUUCGUGUAUCUGCAUUUUUUGUAAGCUAAAAUUAUGAUCUGGUGUAUGCUAGUCUUUUAAAGUUACUAUUUUGAAUAAAAUAUUAAAAACCA